CAACAGCAACAAAAGACCUUCCAAAAUGGCUGAUACUCUCCCCAACCAGCGCCAGGGCCGUCGUGGACGUGGUCGUGGUCGCGGCCGUGGCCGUGGCCGUGGACGCGGCCGUGGUGCUCGCGGUGCGCCCAUCCUGAGCGACACCUGCAUCGUCAUCAUCGGUCUCCCCUCCCAGACCGACCAGCAGUACGUCGAGCAGCACUUUGGCAGCGCUGGCCCCAUCGAGUCGGUCGACGUUCGUGAGCGCGAGAUCGAUGGCGAGGUCCGCAAGACUUUCUUCGUCAACUACCAGACGGAGGAGGGUGCCGAGGCCGCCCUCAAGUUCAACAAUGCUGCUGUUGGCGGUGGUGAAAAGACCAUCCGCGUUGAGAAGCGUCGCGUUGGCUUUGAGGAGCCCGACCCCAAGCAGGUCUUUGUCGGUGGUCUGGACGAGAACAUCUCGGUGGACCGCGUUAAGGCACUCGUUGCCGAGCACGCCACCGUCACCGCUGCCGAGAAGAGCCGCAACGACCAGUUUGCUCUCAUCACCGUCGCCACGGAGGAUGAGGCCAUCAAGGUCAGCGAGACCCUGAAUGGCCAGGAGUUUGAGGGCUACACCCUCUCCGUCAAGUCCACCGCUGGUGCUCCCGCUCGCGCCGCCGCCGCCGCCCCGGCUGCCGCUGCCGAGGCCCCCGCCGCCGCGGGCAAGCGUGUCGUCAUCCUCGGCUGGGCUGACAAGAUUGAGGCUGACAUCCGCGCCAAGUUCCCCGGUGUCAAGCGCUGCGUCGUCCGUGCCGUGGCCCAGGUCACCUUUGAGGACGUGGACCAGGCUAACGAGGCCCUGGCGCAGGAUGGCCAGGCUCUCUUUGGCCUCGAGGCUGUUCGCAUCGAGAAGCCCAACCGAAAGUAAAUCUUCCCAACCCCCAAAGGUCUUCCAAGGGUGCGCUCGUGUUCUGACCAUGUCAAAACAUCACCACCUCUUUGACGACUCCUCUUGAGGUGUCUUGAAGACUUUCAAUGAAAAAAUUGCUUGUACUGAAAAUUGUCAACCCCAAAAACUCCUUUACCCCUCUCAACUUGAGCGCUGGCCACUUCGCCAUAAAGAAGCAUGAUAAUGAUGAUGAUUCUUUCGGUCGAACAAACGAGUAAAUUUAAAUGGCCGUUUUUGCCCAGAAUAG